AAGAAAUGAUGGGCGUUGUUUUAAGAAAAAUGUAUUUGGAUUAUUUAAAAAAUUGCAAAUUUACAUCACCAACAACACUUCCAUUAAUUAAUUUUAUGCAACGAUCUUUAGUUGAACUUUAUUCACUUGAUCCAACAGUUACAUAUCAACAUGGUUUUGUCUUUCUUCGACAACUUGCCGUUCAUUUACGUACAGCUAUUCAAACAAAAAAAGCAGAAAAUAUUCAGGGUGUUUAUAAUUGGCAAUUUAUUCAUGCAUUAAGUUUAUGGACAAAUAUUAUCGGAUUAUUACACAAUAAUAAAGAAAAAUUAAUUCAACAACUUGUUCAUCCACUUACAGAGCUUAUUGUUGGUACUAUUAGGUUAAUACCAACAGCUCGUUAUUAUCCAUUACGAUUUCAUUGUAUUCGUCUUCUAAUAAAAUUGACUGAAUUAACAACUGUAUUUGUUCCUGUUUUGCCAUUUUUACUUGAAAUGUUUGAUAUAACUGAUUUUAAUAAACGUCAUAAGACAGCAAGUCUUAAAGCGCAAUAUAUUAAUUUUGAUACAUCAUUAAAAUUAACAAAAUUACAAAUGGAUGAUCGAGCAUAUAAGGAUGGUUUGAUGGAUCAAUUUUAUGAACUUGCUAUGCUUUAUCUUGUUCAUUAUGCUCAUCAUGUUACAUUUCCUGAACUUGUUUAUCCAUUAAUAUUAAAAUGUAAAAAAUUUAUUAAAAUAUGCAAAGUACAAAAUUUUGUCAAAGUUAUUCGUGGUUUAUUAGAAAAAGUACAAGAAAAUGUUAAAUUAAUUGAAGAACGACGACAAAAAACAGGUUUAAAUGUUAAAGAUGCCAAACAAAUGAAUGCUUGGCUCGAACAAAGUCAACAAAAAUCAACAUCUAGUCCACUUGUUGUGCAUUUUGGACGAUAUAAAUCAAUGCGACAACGUGAAGUUUUAGAAGAUAUUGCUCAAAAAGAAAAAAUUUCACAAUCAGGUCGAUCAUCAUUACCAGAUUUAAUUCGACCAGAUCGGCAAGUAGCUGGUAAACAGAAUUUCAAAUCAAUGAUGGAAAAAGACUUGAGCGAUAAUGAAGAAGAACAAGAAGAACUUUUUCAAAUUAAAACGAAAAGAAAACAUGAUGAAAUUGAAGAGAAUCAAGAAGAGGAAGAACAAGAUGACGAAGAAGAGGAUGAAAUGGAACAAGAAGAAGAAGAUGAUACCGAUGAAGAUGAUGAUGAUGAUGAGGACGUAUUACCAAGUCCACCAAAGAAAAAACGUCAUGCAAAAAUGAGUAAUGGUAAAUCAUCAACGUCGAAUGCCGAUGAAUUUCUUUCUAUUGUUAAAAAGAAAUUUGAUCGUCGAAAAGAUCGUGUUAAAGAUUUGUCAGUUGAUGAUUUCUAA